AUGGACUCUGGUGAUGGUCUGAAAUGGUUUGGUGAAGGUUUUGACGGCUUCCCAAAGAGCCUUCCGGAGGAUGUUGUAGAAUACAUCAUCUUCAUUGUCGAGACUAGACUGUCAGAUAUCCAGACAAGAGAGCGUCUGCAAGCCUUCCAGCGUGCACUACAGGACUUGAAGAAGAAAUUCCUGAAAGAGUACAUCUGGCAGCGAGACGAGAUCAAACUUGAGCUUGUGCGCGAAGACGAUCGCUGGCUCCUGAAAGGGCAGACAAACUACGGCGACAGUGUCGCCGAUGAGUGGCUAAUCGUGUACUUCUUGCGCGAGCUAAGUAAGGAGUUCAAGGAUGCAUGGAUACGUAUUUACGACACAGAUGGCGAGUUCCUGCUCAUCGAAGCUGCAAAUGCGUUGCCGAAAUGGCUCACUCCAGAGGUUGCAGAGCACAGAGUCUGGAUCAACACGCAUCGUCUGCUCAUUAUACCUUUAGGCAAAGAAGAGGCCCCGGCACCUCUGAAAUUACCAGACGCUCUCACUAUACUCAAGGACACGCCAGGCCGACCACAACACUAUCCAAGGGUAGAAAAAGAAGCCUUCCACCGCCUGAACAACUACCCAUCCGCCGUCUCAGAAAACCAACACCACGCCACCCUCCCUCUCCCACGCAAAGUGGCACAUAUUCUGCACACGAAUCCAUCCUACAUCUCCUCAGCAGUCGAGGCCUUCUAUCUCCGCGAUCCCAUGUCCUUGCGCCUACUUCAGCCCGAGAAGUCCAAAACAGCACUCAUUUUCCCGCCCGAUGACUUCGUAUCCGUCAGCGUCCGCUUCACGAAAGUUUUAUACGCGCAGCUUCUCGGCCAGCACUGGAACCCACCACCCCCGUACGAGGCCGCCAUUGAGUUACUAGUAAAAUCCGGCCACCCGCAGGAAAAAAGUGAGGUAGCCAUCAAGCUCAGCGCAGGCAUGCAAAUGCUCGCAUCACACACGCUCUUCGCCGACAAAAAGGCCGUCCGCGAAAUCAAUCUCCUCCUCGAAGAUCUAGAGAACGGUGACGACACAUUGCCCACUGACGCUGAGAUCGCGGCAUGGCCGAAACGCGAAGACGACGAGAGUUGGCUGGACAUCGACUUCUCUGAGUUUGAGAAAGAAUUGCAAGGCAAAGGAGGCGAGAAGGGCUUUGGUGACAAGAACGCUCAGGAAAACCUGAAGAAAAUGGUGGAGAGAUUUAACACGUUUCUUGCUGAUGAUGAGGCGGGGCAUGAGGGGGCGAGCGCGGGCGAGAGAGAUCCGAUGGAUGAGGAUAAUGACCCUGAUCCUGGACGGGGAUGGGAUGAUCCUGAGGAUAGCGAUGACAACGAUGAUGGCAAUGAAGAAGAGGCUCACUCAUCUGCAUCAACUCCUGGUGCGAAGACUGCGCCCAAACCCAGACCAAAGUCACAGCCUCAAACCGCAAGAGCCAACGACGAAGAUGACAAUACUGAGACCGAGUCAGAAGACGACGCAGAUGCAGACGCCGAGUAUGCCGAGUACGAAAAGUACUUCGAGAAAUACAUGACGCUUCCCGCACACGAGAAGGCCAUGCUUACCGAAGAUGCACGCGAGCUCGCACGUGCCCAGGAUGCUGAAAACGAAGAAGAUGAAGAGAUCAGGAAGCUGACCGAGGCGAUGGAGGCAGAGCUCUUCGGCCACGGAGCGCUGAACCUCAAUCCACCGAAAGACACAACCGGAAAAAAGACGUUGAAGAGCGCCGAAAGCGUGGACAAGAGUAAGAGCAAAGGAAAGGGCAAAGCCACAGUCUCGUUCGCCUCCCCUGCUGACGAUGAUGUCGAGGAGAUCGAUCGCGAGGAAGGCAGUAGGUCAGAGGAUGAGGAGAUUCUGGAUGAAGACUAUAACCUUGUGCAGAACAUGCUCGCUGCGUUCAAGGGACAAGCUGGUGCCGCAGGCCCGGCAGGAAACAUGCUGAAGGCUAUGGGUAUUCAGUUUCCGCAGGAUGCUGAUGAUGAGGUACAAGGCUCCAGCAAGAGCAAAAGCAACGUUGGUGAGAGCAGAGCGAAUGACAAUCCGAUGAGGAAGCAAGACUGGUAUAUGAAGUAG